CCCAGUCCCUCCCCACCGCCUGGACCCGCUUCCCCAUCCUGGCGCCCCCUUCGCACUCCCGGCAUCUCUCCAUCCCUGCCUCCUGUCUUCUCGCUUCUGGUCUCUGCCGGCGCCUCCUUUCCGACUCCACGUCCCCCUUCCUGCCUCUCCCUUCCUGCCUUUGCCAGACUGGCUGCUCCCUCCCUUCUUCCCUCGCUCCACUCCUCCAUCACUGGCUGCGGACGGAUGGGCAGGGAGGCGCAGCGCCUGUCGGCGUCUGGGCUCAGGAGCUUUGGGAAGGGAGGAGUUAAAGGCACCUUGGGUCCAGGGACUGGGAAAGUAGACGGGAAGGGAGAAUAUGACAUCAAGUUCUGGAGAAGAAAAUGGGCUUGCCCUAGGGUUUUGGGAAUGAAAGAGUUAAGGGCCCUUAAGUAUGGUAGGGGUCAGGUCCUUGGGGCAGAAAGUAUAAUAGAUGAGUGCCAAGAUGCCAGGGAGAGGUUAAGUGUUCUACCAAGGCGCUCAGAGAUGCGGAGUAAAGGGUCAGGGACUUCUAGAUUCUGGAAGGUAAUGAGUUCAAAGGAUUCGGAUCUGGGGAUGCAGGCCUGGGGGGCAGCGUGUGUGUGUGUGUGUGUGUGUUUGUGUGUGUAUCUGUCUGUCGGUUUUGGGGCAGGAAGGCGCACCCAGGCAUCUCAUCCUCCCUGUCUGUUAGAACUGGGGCUGGAAGGCUGUGCCCUUCGUGGGAGAGAAGGAUCCAGCACCCUGCAGUAGGGGGUGCUGCUCAGCUGGGGUAACGCGCACUGGUACGGUGAAGAAUAAGCCAGUCAGAAAGCAGGUCCCAGCGGACUCACCAAUGAGGUGCAUAGGGUGGAGCCCAGUGGCGUCUGGAGGUGGGCCAGGGCUGGGAGGGGUCUCUUUAGGUGUAGGGGGUGUGGCAGAAAGAGCAUCCAAUCUGAAAGCUGGUGUCAGGCAUACAGCCAGUUGAGCAAUUUGGGGUGAAGCCAAAUUUGGCUCCAGUAAAAAGCCGCUUUUGACUGCAUUACGGAAGAUUCGGAGAAUAAAAGAAUCAGAUGCCCUGCUCUCUGACCUGGAGACCACAACCUCUCACAUGCCAAGGUCAGGGGCUCUAAAAGAGCGGCCCCCAGAGCCCCUCACGUCUCCUCUGACACAGAUGGGGUCCGGGGAAUCUUCAGGAGCCUCUGGGGACAAGGAUCAUCUGUACAGCACGGUAUGCAAGCCUCGGUCCCCGAAGCCUGCGGCCCCUGCAGCCCCUCCAUUCUCCUCUUCCUGUGGUGUCUUGGGCACGGGUCUCUGUGAGCUAGACCGGUUGCUUCAGGAACUUAACGCUACUCAGUUCAACAUCACAGAUGAAAUAAUGUCUCAGUUCCCAUCUAGCAAGGAGACUGCAGGAGAGCAGAAGGAGGACCAAUCUGAGGACAAGAAAAGGCCCAGCCUCCCUCCCAGUCCAUCCCCUGUUCUCCCAAAGCCUUCGGCCACCUCAGCCACCCUGGAGCUAGAUAGGCUGAUGGCCUCACUCUCUGACUUCCGUGUCCAGAAUCAUCUUCCGGCCUCUGGGCCAACCCAGCCACCAGUGCCAAGCUCCGUGAAUGAGGGCUCCUCCUCCCCACCAGGGCCCGCUGGCAAAGGCAGCCUAGACACCAUGCUGGGGCUGCUUCAGUCUGACCUCAGCCGCCGAGGCGUUCCCACCCAAGCCAAGGGCCUCUGUGGCUCCUGCAAUAAACCCAUUGCUGGGCAAGUGGUGACGGCGCUCGGCCGUGCUUGGCACCCUGAGCACUUCGUUUGCGGUGGCUGUUCCACAGCCCUGGGAGGCAGCAGCUUCUUCGAGAAGGAUGGAGCUCCCUUCUGUCCCGAGUGCUACUUCGAGCGCUUCUCCCCACGAUGUGGCCUCUGCAAUCAACCCAUCCGACACAAGAUGGUUACUGCCUUGGGCACCCACUGGCACCCGGAGCAUUUCUGCUGCGUCAGUUGCGGGGAGCCCUUCGGAGAUGAGGGUUUCCACGAGCGGGAGGGCCGCCCCUACUGCCGCCGAGACUUCCUGCAGCUCUUCGCCCCGCGCUGCCAGGGCUGCCAAGGCCCCAUUCUGGAUAACUACAUCUCGGCGCUCAGCGCACUCUGGCACCCAGACUGUUUUGUCUGCAGGGAAUGCUUCGCGCCCUUCUCGGGAGGCAGCUUUUUUGAGCACGAGGGCCGUCCGCUGUGCGAGAACCAUUUCCACGCGCGGCGCGGGUCGCUGUGCGCCACGUGUGGCCUCCCGGUGACCGGCCGAUGCGUGUCGGCCCUGGGCCGCCGCUUCCAUCCGGACCACUUCACCUGCACCUUCUGCCUGCGCCCGCUCACCAAGGGCUCCUUCCAGGAGCGCGCGGGCAAGCCCUACUGCCAGCCCUGCUUCCUCAAGCUCUUCGGCUGACCGCCUGCCGGGCUCGCCCCUUUGGGAGAGCGCGGCCCCCCAAACCUCGCCCUUCCCGAAAAGACCGGGCUCUCCAGACCCCAAGGCCUUGCUCUUAGAGCGUGGGGCUCCCCCAGCCCAGCUCCGUGAGGCCCCACCCACUGGAGGGACAGGCCCCGAAGGUACUGUACGUUCUCCAUGGGCGAGUUCAGAAAAAGCCCCGCCGAUCCUAAGGCCACGCGCCCCACGAAGUGGGUCGUACACUGGCAAGCGAUCCCGCGUGAGCCCUUCACUUUAUUCCCAGCCUUGAGGGAGCCCCCCGACUGGAGGAGGGCCCUUGCAAUUCCCACGAAUCCGAGGCCAGGCCAGGAUGUCCCUCUCCCCGCCCCUCACUGCUCAGUGCACUUUUUUCUACCAACAUAAACACACAUUCCACGUCACACAGGU